AAACAUUUAGGCAAAUUAUGCCUUUCCAAAAAGAGUAUUUAUGGAAUUCACAUUCCCGUGGCGCCCUUCCGACCUUCCCAUUUCCCGCCAAAAAUAUAUACUACUAUCAAAGGCAAAAAAAAACUGAAAAAAUCAGAGAAAGCAAAGUGGAUAUGGAGUUUCCAGAUGCAGCAGAGCUCGAAUUGCUUGAAGCCAAUUUCACUUUCCCCGACGACGACGAUGAAGACCUCAUCGAUGACCUCGAUUUCGAUGACGUACAAACUUCAUCAGAACCCGGAUCCGACCCGAUUACAUCCCCACCCGACCCGAAACCUACUCUCACACUUCCCCCAAAACCGCAGCUUCAGAUCAACGGUAGGAAGCGGAUCCUGACGGAUGAUGGAAAUGCGGUGGUCAUUACUGAGGAGAAGAAGAGGAGUAGAGUUGAGGAGGCGGAGGAUGAGGAUUGGCUUAGGUAUUCGCCUCGGAAGGAGAAUGAACAGGAGGAACAAGUGGUGGUUGAACUGGAACAGGAAAUGGAAGAAGAAGAGAGGAUUUUGGCGAGGUAUGCUAUGGAGAUUGAUGGUGAUUGUGUACCGGUGACCGGUUUGGAUGGUGGUGAGCGGGUUUAUGCUAAGAUAUGUAGAGGUGAAGAUGAAAGGGUUAAGAAGCUAGAGGUUAAGGGAUAUUCUACUGGUCUUAUUCAGGAACCUGUCAGGGCACUAAUGCAAAGAGUGGAACACGACCAAUUCACAAAGGCCCUGGAAGCUAGUUCUGAAGAUCCAAGUGAAGCCAAUCUUCCAGUCGGAACUGUGGUGAACGAGCAACUUUGGGUGGAAAAAUAUGCUCCUAGUUCAUUUACAGAGCUUCUUAGUGACGAGCAAACAAACCGUCAGGUACUAAUGUGGUUGAAGCAAUGGGAUUCCUGUGUUUUUGGAGUUGAAAUUAAGAGUACUACAGACGACGUCUUGUCUUCUCUGAAACGGCAUUCAUUGGCUGUUCAACAUCCAAGACGUUUUUCCAGGAGUUCUUUUGGAAAUGGCAGAGACCCCAGAAGAGACAAUGAGAAAGCUCAUAGUGAUUUGCAUCCAGAGAAUAAUGAUUCGGAUAGAAUUAAGGAUCUUUGGGACAAGAAGCACAGAAAAGGCGGUCCUCCAGAACAAAAGAUUCUUUUGCUUUGCGGUCCUCCUGGACUUGGGAAAACAACACUUGCACAUGUUGCUGCUCAGCAUUGUGGGUAUCGUGUGGUUGAGAUUAAUGCAAGUGAUGAUCGAUCAACCUCCAGUAUUGAAGCUAAAAUACAUGAUGUGGUUCAAAUGAACUCUGUAAAUGCUGAUUCAAAGCCCAAAUGUUUGGUUAUUGAUGAAAUAGAUGGGGCUCUUAAUGAUGGAAAGGGAGCUGUUGAGGUCAUCCUUAAAUUGGUUUCUGCUGAAAGAAAAUUGCGUUCAGGCAAAGAAAAUGAAUCUGAGGGAGGAAAUGCUGGGCAGAAGUCGUCAAAAAAGAGGAAUCAGAAAGGAUCUUUGCUAAGACCUGUUAUCUGCAUUUGUAAUGACCUUUAUGCUCCUGCCUUAAGACCUUUGCGCCAGGUAGCAAAGGUUCAUAUAUUUGUCCAACCAACUGUAAGUCGUGUUGUUAACAGGCUCAAAUACAUAUGUAACAGAGAAAGAGUGAAGACAGGCUCCAUUGCUCUUACUGCUCUAGCAGAGUAUACCGAUUGUGACAUAAGAUCGUGCCUGAACACCCUUCAGUUUCUUAACAAGAAGAAGGAGACUCUUAAUGUGUUGGAGCUCAGUGCUCAAGUUGUCGGGCGGAAGGAUGCAACAAGAAGUGCUUUUGAUAUUUGGAAAGAAAUUUUGCAAAAGAGGAAAGUAAAGCAGACAAAGAAAUCCUUUAAUUGCUUCAGCCUUAUGUCGAAUGACUUUGAGACUCUGCACUCUCUAAUAUCUCAUCGAGGUGAUUAUGACUUAAUUUUUGAUGGGAUCCAUGAGAACAUUUUGCAACUCCAUUAUACAGACCCUGUGAUGCAAAAGACAGUCAAAUGCUCAGAUAUUCUUGGUUGCUCAGAUAUAUUCCAUAAAUACACCAUGCACACUCAACAUCUCUCCCUUCAAGUUUAUCAGUCUCCUCUUGCAAUGUCUAUACAUGGUCUCGUAGCUCAGAUUGGAAAACCAAAUAUUGAAUGGCCCAAGUCUAUCCAAAGACAUCGAACAAUGUCAAUAGAAAAGAAGGAAAUCUUACACUCAUGGAAGAACAAGAUACCACCAUGCAUCUCUAGGCAUCUAUCAACUGAAUCCAUUGUGGAAGAUCUGAUUUCUCCAUUCCUACAUAUUCUGUCCCCAUCAAAACUGAAACCGGUAGCACUGCAUUUACUCUCAGAGAAAGAAAAAGCUGAUUUGGCGCAGUUAGUAAAUACAAUGGUGUCCUAUGCCACGACGUACAAGAAUAUAAAAUCUGAUCCUUCUCUAUUUAUGCAACGUGGUGCUUCAGAUGCAUCAAUGCUUUCAUUGGAUCCACCAAUUGGUGAAUUUAUUAAAUUCAAGGGUUAUGAUUCCUGUCAUCUUGUUCUGGCAUCUGCUGUGAAAGUAUUCUUGGUACACGAGGCGGAAAAGCAAAAAAUUUUGCAAGGAAGUAGCAACCUUCACUUACCACCCAUAGGUUCAGAAAGCCAGGACGUUUCGAGGUGCGCGAAUAGCAGUACAAUGUCUAAAGCAUCAGCAUCUUCAGAUAAAACCAUACAUUUCAGAGAUCCCUCUAGACAAAAGCAGUAUGACUUGCCUGCCGCUUCUAGUCAGAAUAAAAGAUCUGCUGGAGGUACCACAGCUAGCGGGAAAGUGAGCUUGCCUGAAAAAAAGAAGAAGCCAUUUGUCGAUUCUCGUUCCUUUUUUGACAGGUUUAGGAAACCAAGUGACAAAGCUACUCAAGCUAACGACAAUGCUAAACCCGCACAAAAAUUGGAAGAGAGGGAUUCGCGGCCUUUGUUGUUUAAAUUCAAUGAGGGGUACACCAAUGCAGUCAAGAGACCAGUAAGAAUUCACGAAUUUCUGAAGUAAUAUAAGUGCUAUACUAUCCCAUACAAGUGUUGUAUUUUUUUUUUUUAACAUAACAAUUAAAAUGUAGACUAAUAUGCGUUAGGGUCGAAGAAUGCCGAACUACCACUAUGAAUUUCAUGCCAAAAAUAUUUAACAAUGCAUUAAAAGCCUGUACAUUAUAAAGGAAAGAUAUCAAAUUGUCCGCUGUUUUUUUUUUCAAA